AUGGCACGCAUCACCUUCCUUCUCUCCGCGCUCCUGCUGCUUGCCCCCUCCGCCUCCGCCAGCGUCGCAACCAGCAGCAAGUGUCCCACGGAGGCGAUCCCGGCGCUCGAGCCCGCAACGCAGGCGUUCGUUGACGCGGGAGCCAACUCGACACCCAUCUACAAGCUGUCCGUUCCCGCGGCCCGGGCGUUCCUCGAGAACGUGCAGGCCCCUGGCUCCCCCAGCCUCGACACCGUGGACUUCAAGGAAUUCAAUAUCAAUGUCGGCCCCACGGGAAACGUCAAUAUCCACCUGUUCCGUCCGAAGAAUGCGGGUGAAAAGCUGUUGCCAAUCAUCGCCUACUUCCACGGCGGCGGCUGGAUCCUCGGCUCGCCCAAUACGCACCGGCGCCUGGUGCUCGACCUGAUGGAGUCGACAGGUGCCGCCGUCUUUUUCGUGAACUACACGCGGGCGCCGGAGGCUCAGUUCCCCGUGCAAGACGAGCAAUCUUUCGCCGCGGUAUCAUGGCUGCACGCCGGCGACAACGCGGCAAAGCUAGGGCUCGACCACCAGCGCACAGCGUUCGCGGGCGACUCGGCGGGCGGACAGCUGGCGGCCGCAGUGAACCUCAUGAGCAUCCAGAAAGGCCGCAAGCACCUCCUGCCGAGGUUCCAGGUGCUGUUCUAUCCCGUGACGGACCUGGCGGUGGAGAGUUGUACUUACACCACGUUCGCGCAGGGACCGGGGCUGGCCGCGGCGACGCUCAGGUGGAUGGCCAAUGCUUUUGUUCCGAGGAGGGAGGAUAGAAGGAGUAUUCUCGCGAGUCCGCUCCUUGCGAGCGAGAAGCUGCUGGCCCAGUUCCCCGAGACCCUGGUGAUCGUCGCCGAGGUCGACCCCCUGCGCGACGAGGGCGAGGCGUUUGCUCGCCGCCUCAGCGCGAGUGGCGUUAGCACCACGGCCAUGCGCGCGCUCGGAACGGUCCAUGACUUUGUCCUGCUCAAUGCUUUGGCGAACACGCCGGCUGCGAGGUUGGCGAUUGAGGUAGCCGGGAGCGGGAUCAGGAAGGCGUUGGCGGCGAGGGCGUAG